AACAUGAGUAAACAGCUAUAUUUGCCAUUAAUUCUCUUGCAGGGGGGCUCUUGUGUAUAUAAGCACCUGGAGAGGUUCUCAUUGGUUUCUGGACAGCCAUGGAGAAACUGAAGAUUUUGUUGGCUGUUGUCCUGUCCCUGGGAACAGCCUCAGCAGCCUCUCUGGGUGUGGUGCAGACAGAAGGUGGCAGCGUUCGGGGACAAAAUAUCCCCCUCGGUCUUUUCCGCUCUGUGGAUGUUUUCAAAGGAAUUCCCUUUGCUGCCAAACCUGGAACCUUCGAGAAACCCAAACCUCACCCUGGCUGGGACGGUGUACUAAAGGCAACAAAGUUUGCCAAUAGAUGUCUCCAGAUCAGCAUGCUCCAGACUUCGACUUUUGGUAGUGAAGACUGCCUCUACCUCAACAUCUGGGUUCCUCAUGGCCGCCAUGUGUCAUCAAACCUGCCAGUGAUGAUUUGGUUUUACGGAGGGGGCUUCAUGGUCGGUGGCUCUAUGGGGCCAAAUUUUCUGAACAACUAUCUGUACAGUGGUCAGGAAAUUGCAGACAGGGGCAAUGUUAUUGUGGUGUCAGUGGGAUACCGUGUGGGAACACUGGGUUUCCUCAGCACAGGAGACUCUACCUUACCUGGGAACUAUGGUCUGUGGGACCAGCAUGCUGCCAUCGCCUGGGUGCACAGGAACAUCCGUUCAUUUGGAGGAGACCCUGAGAACAUCACCCUCUUUGGAGAGUCUGCAGGUGGCGCUAGUGUUAGCUUCCAGACCCUUACCCCCCACAACAAAGGGCUGUUCAAGAGAGCCAUCUCCCAGAGUGGUGUUGCGUUCUGCCCCUGGGCUUUCAGCAGGAACCCACGCAAGGUCGCAGAGGAGGUUGCUGUGAAGGUCGGCUGCCCCACCGAUGACAGGAUGGUGGCCUGUCUGAAAUCAACUGAUGCUGGGACUCUCACCAUGGCUUCUCCCCGCAUCCAACAAGGCUCCCCAGACUAUCCUGGUGUGAAAAACCUGCUCCUGUCUCCUGUUGUUGAUGGAGACUUCCUCCCUGAUCAGCCUGAGAACUUGUUCCACAACACUGCUGACAUAGACUACCUCGUAGGAGUUAAUGACAGUGACGGACACCUCUUCACUUCACAGGAUAUUCCUUCCCUUGGUAACAAGAAUGAAGAGACUCCUGUAGAAGAUGUAAAGCGGCUCCUUGCUGCUUAUACCAAGGAGAAGGGGCAAGCUGGUUUGGAGAUUGCCUUUGCUGAAUAUUCAUCCAACUGGGGAUCAACACCCAGUCAGGACACCAUAAAGAAAACUGCUGUGGACAUUGGGACAGAUUACAUCUUCCUAGUUCCCAUUCAGGCUGCCAUUUACCUGCAUGCUGCUAACGCCAGGUCUGGCCGUACCUACUCCUACCUGCUGUCUGAGCCUAGUUUAAUGGCUGGACCAGGCAAACCCUUCCAUGACUGGGUGGGAUCUGACCAUGCUGAUGAUCUGCAGUUUGUGUUUGGCAAACCCUUCACCACACCGAAGGCUUAUGGAGACAGACACAGAGACCUGUCUGGCUAUAUGAUCGCAUACUGGACUAACUUCGCCAGAACUGGAAAUCCCAACAAAGGAAACCUGAAGGUGCCUGUGGUCUGGCCUGAAUUUACCAGCACUGGACAACAGUUCCUGGACAUCAACGCUAAGAUGAACGAGAGCUCCGUUGGACAGGAAAUGAGGCUACGUUUUCUUCACCUUUGGCUCAACACCCUUCCCAGCCUUCCAUCGAUUCAGUGAUGCAUUUUUAGUUUGAUUAAGACACCAAUUAUACUAAUGAAAGAGUAUGUACAAUAAACUGUAUGACUGUAGAAACACUGUCUGUGGCUUUUUAUAUGGACCUGACUAUCUUCCAGAGGUGGUAGUCAUCAGCAUUGGAUGCUUAAUAAAAAAC